UAUGGCUUGAGAGUUGCCAGCUUUUAUUCCAGAGAAAAUCAUGCUAAAGUAGGAUAUUCUGCCUCGUGGUACACCACCUCUUCCAUACAUAGCAGCAGUGAUCAACCUUCAGAAUCUUUUUUGUGAGUAGGCCAGAGUAAAAUUCCAUCUCUUGGAGCAUGAGGAAAUACGUAAUCUUUGUGCAUGUGCUAAGAGCAGAUUAGAUGCAGCAGACCUGAGACUGUGACCAAUAUACGUAACCUUACUCCCCCACCUCGAAAAAGCAGUAUCUUGGAUUAGAUGUGGCCAGAUUGUUUGCUUUUAGAGCAAACAUUUUAACACGCAGUGAAGGUGCUCAGGAAGUUCACUAGUGGGGACACUACUUCUAAUCCUCUCAAGAAAGUAGAAAGAGCUGUUCUUGCCUGUGCUCAGACCUCCUUUCUGGCUCUGCUUCUCUGAAUUUGAUGUCCAUAGGCUCUUCUCUCACUGUGCACCUUGUGCAAACUCUUGACCAUUGUGCAAAUGAGAUGAAAAUGCUACUCUUUCAUGUGGUACUGGUUCACAUUUGCUCUCCGCUAGCAUAACAGGUUGCACAAAUAGCAUGAGGCUCUUGCAGUUUGCACUUCCCCCCAACCCCAGCGUUGAGGGCUGUAUCUUGUGCAAAAAAGCAGCCCUCUCCACCCUCUCUGGCUUUGUGGGCACAGAGAGCUUUUGUAACACUCUGACCUUCCAAGUCCCAAGCAGUUCUCCAUGUCUAUGGAUCCUUGUACCUACAUCACCCAGGAUUGGACUCAGUAGUACUAGGCGAAUUGCCAGUGAGUGGAAAACAAGGAACUGCAUAAGCAGAGACCAAGAGAACAGUAUGAAUCUGAAAAAAAGUUUUAUCUGUGAAAUAAAUACUUGAUAGUGAGGCUUACUCUGUAUUUGAGGCUUAUUCAUUGCCAGCUAUUAUAGAACAAAACAAACAGAGGGAGCUGAAAGACUUGGUUGUCCUAUUCAGAAUCACUUUCAGUCAGAUUUGAUAUCUGAAAGAAAUCUCUUGUAACUAGUAGCAGCUUGGUGCUGAAGGAAGAUAUGACCAGAAACUACUGUGGGUUGAAUGGUCUGUAACACACAAAGAAAACCCACAAGCAACAAAAGCUUACAGCUACGUUACCACUGAUGUUUGUUUUGUGUUUAUUUUUGACUGAUGUCCUCUGAUCUACUUCUCUCAAAUUUCUUCAUUAGGGAUUUUUUUUUUUUUCCCUCUUCCAUUUGUGGAAUAAAUAAAGAAGAUGAUACUGAAAGCAGUUGUGCUGCUGGGCUGUGCUCUGGGUAUCAGCACGUUCCCCAUGGAAGAACCUGAAGAUGGAGGCAAGCACUGGGUGGUGAUUGUUGCAGGUUCGAACGGCUGGUACAACUAUCGACACCAGGCAGACGUGUGCCAUGCAUACCAGAUUGUACACCGAAAUGGAAUUCCAGAUGACCGGAUCAUUGUCAUGAUGUAUGAUGACAUUGCUGAUAAUGAUGAAAAUCCUACAAAAGGCAUUGUCAUCAAUAGGCCGAAUGGCACAGAUGUGUAUGCUGGAGUGCCCAAGGACUAUACGAAGGAGGAUGUUACUCCAAAGAACUUCCUUGCUAUUCUCAGAGGAGAUGCAGAAGCAAUGAAGGGGGUGGGAUCAGGAAAAGUAUUGAAAAGUGGUCCCAAGGAUCAUGUGUUUGUUUAUUUCACUGACCACGGAGCUCCAGGACUUCUGGCUUUUCCUGAUGAUGAUCUUCACGUGAAGGACCUGAAUAAGACUAUUUGGUACAUGUAUCGUCACAAAAAAUACCAGAAGAUGGUGUUUUACAUUGAAGCAUGUGAGUCUGGAUCUAUGAUGAAUCAUUUGGCUGAUAAUAUCAAUGUUUAUGCAACAACAGCUGCCAAUCCCAGAGAGUCAUCAUAUGCAUGUUACUAUGAUGAUGAAAGGCAGACUUAUCUUGGGGACUGGUACAGUGUGAAUUGGAUGGAAGAUUCCGAUAUGGAGGAUCUAAGAAAAGAAACACUCCACAAGCAGUUUCAGCUGGUGAAGAAACGUACCAACACCAGCCAUGUGAUGCAGUAUGGAAACAGAAGCAUCUCCUCCAUGAAAGUGAUGCAGUUUCAGGGCAUGGGGAAGAAAGCUAUCCCCAUCUCUCUGCCACCUGUAGAACACUAUGACCUAACGCCUAGUCCUGAUGUGCCUCUUGCAAUCAUGAAGCGAAAGCUCAUGGUUACCAAUGACAUUUAUGAGGCUAAGAAGAUUGCUGCAGAAAUGAAAGCACACUUGGAGGUGAAAGAAUUUAUCCAAGAAUCCAUGCGAAAGAUAGUCACCUUAAUAACAGGAUCAGAAGAACAGACCAAGCAAAUUCUGUCAGACAGAUUGACCAUCAGCAAUUAUGACUGCUACCAGUCAGCGGUGACCCACUUCAAAACUCAUUGCUUCAACUGGCACUUAGCCGUGUAUGAGUAUGCACUGAGACAGCUGUAUGCCUUGGUCAACGUUUGUGAACGAGGAUACCCCAUUGACAGAAUAUGCCUGGCCAUGGAUAAAGUGUGCCUUGGUUAUUAAUGGAAACAACAGUCCCUAAUAUAACCCUUACUACAAGUGAUAACGUCUCAUAAUUGUAACAGUCCAGAUUUUCCAUGCAUGCAACAUGAAAGAGAGUCAACCACUGUACUGGAACUGUGCUGGGAGCUGAGGUACCUGACCAUGAGCAAUACAUGUGCUCUCCCCUGCAUUCCCACCUGCUGCCAGCCUGCUGGUUUGACAGACCAGCCGGAGCUUUCAAAUGGAUGAUUUGUUUCAAAUGCAAUGCUCUUCAGAAUCUCUGGAUGAACACUACAGGCCACCUAUCAGUGAUUGUUAAAUCUGUGCUAAAUUUAAACAUUGAGUUGUUUAUUCAGGAAUUAUUAUUUUUUUAUAUACUAUUGCUAACUAUAAGCUUUUUAAGAAAAGUUAAUGAAUUCCAUUGCAGUGACUAACUUGCAGAUUGGUGAAGAGUGAAGAAACCAAAGCUUGUUUUUUAAGCUUUAAUUCCUUAACAGUUUAAAGAAAUUAGUUGCAUUUGAGAACUAUUGGAUGUAAACAGCACAGUUAAACUGUGAACAGUGAAAGUCUUUGUGGAUAGAAAGCACUGUUUCCCAAAGAAAAACACAAAUACCUAAUGCUGUAAAUUUAGCAACAGUAUAUUAUAAUUAAAUGUAUAUACACACAAACCUGUGGGAAGUCACAGAGUACAGGAACUGCCUGUGAAUAAAAAUAAAGUUGACGGUGUCAUCAACCUACAGGGCAA